AGAGACAAAAGACAGAAAGAGAGAUAGAUAAAGAGAAAGAGAGAGAGACAGAGGAGAGGGGUGGCGUGUCAGAUGAGGGAGGAGCUUUCAAUUAAGGAAGACAGAGCGUUUCAGAAACACCCUGCUGUCAAGUGUGUAGCUGACAGAGACUCUCUGGGCUAGCAGGUAGUAUAGUAAAAUAACAUUACCAGUAUAGUAACUGUGGUGGUAAAGUAACUUUAACAGUAUAGUAACUGAGGUAGUAAAGUAACUUUAACAGUAUAGUAACUUUAACAGUAUAGUAACUGUGGUAGUAAAGUAACUUUAACAGUAUAGUAACUGUGAUAGUAAAGUAACUUUAACAGUAUAGUAACUGUGGUAGUAAAGUAACUUUAACAGUAUAGUAACUGUGGUAGUAAAGUAACUUUAACAGUAUAGUAACUGAGGUAGUAAAGUAACUUUAACAGUAUAGUAACUGAGGAGUAACUGUCCAGAAUGAAGAUACUCCAUGUUGUCUCCUGCUUUCUCCUCUCAGCUCUGUGUGUUGUGGUGUCAGCUGGCACUAAGGAAGUGGUAGGAGGACAAGUCACUGUGGGCUGCUCGUUCACGUUGGCAGGGAACAACAACAAAUACUUCUGCAAGGGGACAUGUUCUGGUAGAGACAUUCUGGUUGAAACUAAUGGUAGCAAGACUGUAACUCAAGGUAGAUACAGUAUAGAAGACAAGGGAGAUGGAGUCUUCUAUGUGGUCAUCAAGAACCUGAUGAAGUCAGACUCUGGGACCUACUGGUGUGGAGUGGGGAGAUAUGGCCUAGACACAUUCCAAGAGGUGCAUCUCACAGUUACAGAUGCUCCUCCCACUUCUACAACCUCAACUGUCACCUCCCGACGCCAUGUCUUCACAACCCUUCCAAACCUCUCUACAACAUCCUCUAACCUCUCCACAACCCUCCCAGACCUCUCUACAACAUCCCCAAACACCUCCUCAACCAUCCCAAACCUCUCUACAACAUCCCCAAACACCUCCUCAACCCUCCCAAACCACGUCAGUGGUCGCCUAUCAAGAGCUGGUCUGAUGGUGUGGACCAGUGCUGGUCUGGUAGUCAUGGUGACAGUGUUAGGACUGGUCCGGCUCCUGUUCUACAGACAGAGGAGAGGAACCAGGAGAACACCACCACCACCUCCACCACCACCUCCACCACCACCACCAGUCUCCUCCAACACACAACCCGACCCUACUGGAGAGGUUGUCUGUGUGUACGAGGAGAUCAGAGUGGCAGACAGACAGACAGACACACUUCCUGUGGUCAUCUCUGUAGUCUACUCUACUGUCAAAUCACCUAACAACUCUACAACUUACCCUACUGACCAAGCCUCUACAACCUACCCUGCUGGCCAAGCCUCUACAACCUACCCUGCUGGCCAAGCCUCUACAACCUACCCUGCUAGCUCUGCCACAGAACGCCCAGCUUCUCUCAUCUACUCCAAUGUGGAUCUACCUACAGAUUCUAGAGUCUCUUCAAGUCCUCCAACAGCCAGUGGAACCCAGGAUGAUGCCCUCUACUCUACAGCCCAGCUACCCAAAGAUACUGUAGAAUCUACAAGAUACCCUGCUGUGCACCUCUCUAAAGACACUCCAGAAUAUACCAUCUACUCUACAGCCCAGCUACCCAAAGAUACUGUAGAAUCUACAAGAUACCCUGCUGUGCACCUCUCUAAAGACACUCCAGAAGAUGCCAUCUACUCUACAGCCCAGCUACCCAAAAUAAUGUAGUACGAUAGAAUAUAUACAAGGAAUGUGUCCCAAAUGACACCCUAUUAUCUAUCCCCCAUAUGGACCCUGGACAAAGGCAGUGCUCUAUAGAGAACAAGGUGCCAUCUGGGAUGAAGAGAAGCUCCCUGUAGAGAGAUGAAGGGUUGUCACCACAGAGCCGCCAUCUUGGAACGACAUUAAAAAACAAUCCCUUUCCUGUUUCAAAUCCUCCUUGACAUAUUGUAUUAAAACAGCUCAUGUGGUUUUACUGAAUAUAAUGUCUGUAACAUAUGAACACCUGGCUUUAAAAUACAUCUGUAUCUCCAGAUUUUGUGAAAGUCAACCAACAUUUUUGCAAAUAUUUGUGUAAAUAUGUGUUUGUCAAAGCAUAUUGUCUUCAUUUAGUCUGUUAUAAUAAUGAAGACAGUAAGGCCA